AGGGAACUAGUCUGGCAAGUAAGGCUGACCAAUCGGAACCCUGUUCCAGAGGAGGAAACGAAGUUGUGGGACAGGUUGGUUGUCUGUUCUUUGCUAGAAGGGCUGUGGGACACUUUCAUUAGAAUCUAGAAUCAUAAAAUACAGUGUUUAGACCAAUACGGAUAAUAAUUUGGGUAAAACGGGAAACUUGUGAGGCUGAACUUCUUGUGGUGAGUAGAAUUCUUCAGAGAAACUGACUUGAAACUGCUGAAAGUGAGAGUAAAGCUGCAUUCAGAGAGGAGACAGUUUGGUGUAGAGACAAAAUGGCUUCUAAACUUGAAGAGGAUCUCACUUGUGCUGUGUGCUGUGAUAUCUUCAAGGAUCCCGUCAUUUUAUCCUGUGCUCACAGUGUGUGUAAAGCCUGUUUGCAGCAGUUCUGGGAGAGUAAAGGACACAGAGAAUGUCCCUACUGCAGGAGGAAGUGCUCAAAGGAUUUAUAUCCUACUAACAUGGCGUUAAGGAACCUGUGUGAGACCUUCUUACAGGAGGGAAGUCAGAGAGCUUCAGCAGGGUCUGAGGUGCUCUGCAGUCUGCACAGUGAGAAACUCAAGCUCUUCUGUCUGGAGGAUAAACAGCCUGUGUGUGUGGUGUGUCGAGACUCUAAGAAACAUAAAAAUCACAACUUCAGCCCAAUAGAUGAAGCAGCACUUGACCGUAAGGAAGAGCUCAAGAUCAAACUGCAGCCCCUACAGAAGAAACUGAAGACCUUUAAAGAAGUCAAACUCAUCUGUGACCAAACAGCAGCUCAUGUUAAGACUCAAAGCCAGACCACAGAGAGGCAGAUCACAAAGGUGUUUUUGGAGCUUCACCAGUUUCUACAAGAUGAAGAAGCAGCCAGGAUAGCUGCACUGAGGGAGGAAGAGGAGCAGAAGAGUCAGAUGAUGAAGAAGAAGAUUGAGAAGAUGAGCAGAGAGAUCUCAUUUCUUUCAGACAAAAUCAGAGCAAUAGAAGAGAAGAUGGGAGCUGAUGACAUCACAUUCCUGCAGAUGGGAAGGAUCCCCUCCAUGCUCUUCAUUAGAUGGGAUAUCAGAGCUACUGGCCUGAACUGGUUGGGCUCCUUAUCGUGCGCCGUCUUGGGGACAGGAACCACACAGGAGGUCUUCCACGGGAGCCACAAGAGCACAGUGAAAGCUCCUGUGACUCUGGAUCCCAACACUGCACACCCAAUACUCAUCCUGUCUGAGGAUCUGACCAGUGUGAGACGUGGUGAUGAGAGACAGCAGCUUCCUGAUAACCAGAGACAGCAGCUGUCCUGA